AAUACAUCAAAACAAAAAUCUCACAUAUACUUAAAAGAAAAAGACCAAAACAAAGAAGAGUUAGGUUUUGACAACAUGAAGUUCAUGACUCUAAUGCUCAUCUCAUUGGUGAUAAUCGCCAUGUCCUCUGCAUAUCCGAUUAGAGCGAAUACAGUUGGAAGUUUCGGAGAAAUGGCACAAUCGUGUGUUCCGACAAAGCUCUUACCAUGCUUACCGUCAAUAACCACGGGAGGAGACCCGAGUACAGAAUGUUGCAACAAACUGGUUGAGCAGAAACCAUGUCUUUGUGGUUAUAUUCAAAAUCCUGCCUAUAGUAUGUAUGUUACUUCUCCAAACGCUCGCAAAGUCUUAGAUUUUUGUAAGGUUCCUUUUCCUAGUUGUUAAAUCCCUCAAGACAUUGCUAAGAAAAAGUAUUAUUAAAAAUAAAAAAAUCAAACUAGAUCUUAUGUAACAAUGAAUCAAUCCUGCUAUGGUUGAAGCUUAUAAUUGAAAUGUUUGAUUUAUAUAUAAA